CAAAGGGGUCCGCCGCGUGUGUUUGUGUCCGGUUCGGUUCGGUGGUGUUUUUGUGCUUAAUCCGAACCUGGACCAGCAUGUCGUCGGUCCAGUCGCUGCGGGACUUCAUCAGCCGGAGGCUGGCCGCCGCUGCCGAGGAGAUCUUCCUGGAGGUGGAGAGGACCGUGGUCGGGUACCAGGAGGUGGUGGACCGGCAGAGGAGGCUGCUGGACCUCAGCUGGACCCCGGACCCGGACCAGAACCAGGACCCGGACCUGGACCUGGACCUGGACCCGGGCCGAUUAGGCCCAGACCAACAUCUCACUGAAGUAGAGGAGGUUCUCGUGGACCAGCAGGUCUUCAGCCAGGACAGGAACCCCAGCCUGGACCAGCAGAACCCUCCGCUCCUGCAGGUGAAGGUGGAACCGGAGGAGCUGAGCAGCAGUCUGGACCAGAACCAGCUGGUCCUGAAGCAGGAGUCCGACUCCUUCCUGCUGAGUCCGUACGAGGGGGCCGGCAGCCUCCCCGAGACCCCCCCGGGGGGGCCGCUGGAGGACCGGGGCCCGGGUAACGCCGGCUCUGGACCAGCCGGCAGGACCCUGACCUACAGCGCGGACGCUUCGGCGGCGGUGCCGACCCCCCGGCUCCCUCCGGACCCCCGGGUCCAGCCGGUGCCGGACCCCCGGGUGCAGCCGGCCCCCGGCUGCGUGCGCUGCGACGUGUGCGGGAAGUCGUUCCGGGACCGGUACUACAUGAAGAACCACAUGCGGAUCCACACGGGCGAGACGCCGUACGGCUGCCAGAUCUGCGGCAAGAGCUUCAACCAGGCGUCGACGCUGCACUACCACACCAAGAUCCACACGGGCGAGCGGCCGUACUUCUGCAAGGCCUGCGGCAAAAACUUUGUGAAGAACACGCACCUGACGGUGCACAUGCGCACGCACACGGGCGAGAAGCCCUUCCAGUGCGGCACCUGCGGCAAGCGCUUCCCCGUCCUGUCCAAGCUCAAGCGCCACGCCAUGACGCACACGGGCGAGAAACCGUACAGCUGCACCUUCUGUGGGCGGAGCUUCAGCCGCAUCGACAGCCUGACGGCCCACACCAAGAUCCACACCGGGGACUGACCCCCCCCCCCCCGCCGUGGUGACGGUUACACAUUAGAAAAGACGUUUUUAAGGAUAAUAAAGUGAUUGGUUCCUGUACGGAAGAGUAUUAGGACCAUGCAGGAGAGAAAAUAUUUGAGAGGGGAACAUUUUUUUUUAUUGUGCACUUUGAGAAAAAAGUCGCAAUG